UUCUAGAAAGGUUGAAGAGGAUGAAUACGAAGAUGGAACACCUAACCAAAAAUGGGUUUUAGCUCCAAAAACACAAGACACAGAUGUGACUCUCAUACUAAACAAGCUCUUGAGAGAGUAUGACAAAAAGCUACGACCAGAUAUUGGAAUAAAACCAACAGUUAUUGAUGUUGACAUUUAUGUCAACAGCAUUGGUCCUGUUUCAUCAAUAAAUAUGGAAUAUCAAAUUGAUAUAUUUUUUGCCCAGACGUGGACAGAUAGUCGUCUUCGCUUCAAUAGCACCAUGAAAAUACUAACUCUGAACAGCAACAUGGUUGGCUUGAUCUGGAUUCCAGACACCAUAUUUCGUAACUCGAAGACAGCGGAGGCUCACUGGAUCACCACCCCCAACCAGCUCCUCCGCAUAUGGAACGACGGCAAGAUCUUGUACACCCUGAGGCUCACCAUCAAUGCUGAGUGCCAGCUGCAGCUACACAAUUUCCCAAUGGAUGAACAUUCAUGUCCUCUGAUAUUCUCUAGCU